CAAGGACUGAUCUUGGCAGAGACUAGUAGCCUACCCUGGGCAGAGGGCACCUUACUGAUCCAGAGAAGUCCCAUAUCAGAAAGACCAUGCACCUGCUGAGGGCAGAAUGGCUUCCCACUUGCCAGCCCCCAGAUAAGGAACUGGGAUCCCUGAGGCCCGACUGUUUCGCCUGCUAAGUGCAUUAGCCCCGCUCGCCUCCCCUAUCGCUGCUGCCAUCGGACGGGAAGGAAAGAACCUGACUCUGGAGCCCCCGGGCAACCGAGGCAGAGACUGGAACGGACUGUCCUUUCUAGCAUGAGCCAAGCAGACCGGAGCCACGCUGCGGGUGCGGCUCGGGACUCGGACCCAGGCAGGGCUGCGGUCGCUUCCGCCUACCAGCGCUUCGAGCCCGGAGCUUACCUGCGCAACAACUAUGCGCCCCCUCGAGGGGACCUGAGUAGCCCCGACGGCGUCGGGCCUUGGAAGCUGCGCUGCUUGGCGCAAACCUUCGCCACCGGUGAGGUGUCUGGACGCACCCUCAUUGACAUUGGUUCAGGCCCCACAAUAUACCAGCUGCUCAGUGCCUGUGCCCAUUUUGAAGACAUUACCAUGACGGAUUUCCUGGAGGUCAACCGCCAAGAGCUGGGGCUCUGGCUGCGUGAGGAGCCGGGGGCGUUCAACUGGAGCAUGUACAGCCAGCACGUCUGCCUCAUCGAGGGCAAGGGUGAGUCCUGGCAGGAGAAGGAGCACCAGCUACGAGCCAGGGUGAAGCGGGUCCUGCCCAUUGAUGUGCACCAACCCCAGCCCCUGGGCAUUGCCAGCCUGGCACCUCUGCCUGCUGAUGCCCUGGUCUCUGCCUUCUGCCUGGAAGCUGUGAGCCCAGACCUUACCAGCUUUCAGCGGGCCCUGGACCACAUCACCACUCUCCUGAGGCCUGGGGGACACCUCCUCCUCAUCGGGGCCUUGGAGGAGUCAUGGUACCUGGCUGGGGAGGCCCGGCUGGCAGUGGUGCCCGUGCGUGAGGAGGAAGUGAGGGAGGCCCUGGUGCUGAGUGGCUAUGAGGUUCGGGACCUCCGCACCUACACCAUGCCUGCCCACCUCCAGACAGGCGUGGACGACGUCAAGGGCAUCUUCUUUGCCUGGGCCCAGAAGAAGGUGGGGGUGCAGGUGUGAGGAUCCAGUGUGCCCAAAGCCCUAUGGGCCUCACCUACCAGAUUCCCUAUUACCACAUGGCACCUAAUAAAGAAAUCAU